GGCACACACUCAAAGAGCACUCUCCCUCACACACACACUGCCCUGAGCUCCUCCAACCAGAGCUGGAACCUUUCAGCCCCAGGUGAAAAGACAGAAAGCGGAGGAGGGGAGUGGGGGGCCGGCCAGAGGAAGAAGAAGGAGAGGGCAAGGCGGGAUCAGUGAGAAGAAAAGAGUGAAAGAGAGAACAGAGCAACCUGUUAUUGAGAUCUGGGACUCUGCUGAAGAAACCGUGGGAGCUGGGAACACAGGCUAUAGGAUGGUUCUGCUGUCCUCUUGCUCCAGGAGGGCUGCAGUGGAGCCUUGACCGACCUUGAGGGAAAGGGAGGGGGUGGGUGACCACUGCCGACACUGCCACAGCCACCACGCUGCCAUUAUGUCUUCCUUGGUGUGCAGCAUGGGGCUGGUGCUGGUAGAGUUUGAGUACGAGUACACGGGCCGCGACGGGGGCCUGGUGUCCAUCAAGCCCAACGAACGGUACAUCCUGCUGGCCAAGACCAACGACCACUGGUGGCACGUGCGCAAGAACGAGCAUGCAAGGCCCUUCUAUAUACCUGCUAAAUACGUCAAGGAGCUCCCUGCAGAGUUCCCAUCCCCGCUGGACUUUGCUGACCCGCCCAGUACCGAUUUGGUCCCAGUUCCGGUUCCUGUGCCAGUGCCAGUGCCAGUCCCAAAGCACUCCGUACCAGACCGGGCAGAAACGAGGGCGGGAGAUGAGGUGACUAUCCGCCUCCGCUCCCCAAAGAGACAUAAGAAGACUGAGCACCGCAUGUCCACAUUCGGCGUACCCUUAGAAUUCCACGACCCGCCCCCCGUGGCUUUCAAGCGCGGCGGGCUUAACGAUUCGCUGCCGGGCCUUCACUCCUAUGUUGCCCCUGAGGUUCCCUUAACAGCCAACGAUAGUGCCAAACACAAGAAGCAAUUAAGCCUGGCUUCCGGUGUGCUCUUCGGCUCCUCCCACACCCUGUCGGUGGAGGAGCCUCUCUCCUGA